AUGAGAGAUCCUAAACGUCGUAGUUUAAUGUUUGAUUAUCUAAAUCGUUAUGAAUAUGAUAUAGCAUUGUUGCAAGACACCAGGAUACUCAACAAUCGGGAAUGCAUGCAGUGGAAUGCUGAAUGUCGAUGUCGAGGAUUUUGGAGUGUUGGAACUGUUCAUAGUCGGGGUGUUGGUAUCUUAAUCCGUGAUCCUGCGAAAUUCGAGGGUAUCUCGUUUGAUGUUGACUUUGACGGUAGGUGUGUGUUUGCGAUUUGACUUUUAAUGGAACACCUUUGCGGGUUGUCAAUAUUUAGGCUCCUGCCGUUGGUACAGAUCGGUUGAAUUUCUUGUCGCAGCUGGACAAAUAUUUGUUAACCCGCCGUAAAAUGAUCAUGGGCGGGGACUUUAAUUUGGUUUUAGAUAUAGCUAUGCACCGUUUCGGUGGAAAUCCUCACGGGAGUAUUGGUAGCCCAGAAUUGAAGCGGUUGUUAUCAAAAUAUCAUUUGAUUGAUAUCUGGAGACAUCAACAUCCAUCAUUGAAAACUUGUAUUUGGUCCAACGCGGAGCGUUCUAUAAUGUCGCGGUUGGAUAAAUUUUACAUUUCUGUGGAUUUGGUGGAUGAUAGUAAGAUAGUAACUGGGAUUCAACCAUGUCACUUAUCUGAUCAUGAUUUGGUUUACUUUCAUAUUUUUGAUACGCAUCACGUUCUUACGUGGGGCCGGGGGUGUUUGGAAAAUGAACACUUCUCUCCUCAAGCAUGA